AUGAGGACAUUAUGGAUGCCGCAUGUUACGUUCACUCACACCGAAUAUGAAAAAAAAAGGCUGUUCCAAGGGGAACUCUGCUAUUUCCUAUAUUUCUGGAUUGGAGGUUUAUUAUCUAAAGAAUCUGCAAGUGCCAACUUCAAAAAUAACCUAAGUGAGAUUUGUUCAAAAAUGAUGGGCAACAAGGUUUUUGGAACUCAUGGUUGUAAAGAUAUAUGUGAUAAAGUUGACCAAACCCUCUUCAAUGAUAGAAAAACAGUAUUUGAUUUCUUAUAUGACCAUACUACUAUACGUGCAUUAUUAAAGAAUGGUGGAUCGAACGUUGUUAAUAAAUGUGAACGCUAUAUCAAAGAUGUCAAAGCAGCAAAAGCGAAAGUGGAAUCACACUGUGACAAUGACGGAAAUUCGCAUGAAUACUGUACAAAAUUUCGGUUUGUGAAUGGGACCACAAUUCAAAGGGCACUAUUGCAUUUGGAAGAUGCAUUAACAACUGCAAAGCAAAGAAUAGCAGAGGAAGAAUCUGCAGCACUCUCUAAAGCCGAAGCAAACCUACGUCAAGCCGUACUAGAAGAAAAGGAAGAUCAACAUCCCGACAACAUCAACAAAAACAACAACAAUUGGACGACUCUACCACAGAAAAUGCUUCCACAACAAUAUAUGAUGAUGAUGGAACAGAAUAUUCCACACAAUCAGAAUAUAAUGCACCACCACCACCAUCUACCAGAACAGUGCGAACACCAAAUAGUAGACUACAGCAACAACAGCAUGCACCACGAAGAAGAAGGGGGCAAAAUCACCAAAAUGUAG